GUCAGUCACGCCUAUCUACCGUUGCUUCCUGUGUGAACCGUUGGACUCGGUCUGUCUGCAGAGAGUCUCCGGUAUGGGCUGCCGCCUUACUCCUCAACUUUUUAACCGAGAUUUUACCACUGUUACUUUACAUUUGACACGGUUAAUAUCACCUGGAAAUGGAUUUCUGAACGGAUUAAUCCGAAAGUGAACCCGACGUGAGUUAAGUCGACCGUUUAAAUUCAUUUUUUUUUUUGUUGUUCGAGUUGUUGAAGGAAGAGGAAAAUGCCAGUUGCAACUCUUCUGCCUUUUACCGCGACUCCGAAUAGGAAGUCUGCCAGCCCGACCUCUUUCAGGUUGACAGAGAAAUUUAUUUUGUUAUUAGUGUUCAGCGCUUUUAUAACCCUAUGUUUCGGGGCCAUCUUCUUCCUACCGGACUCUUCCAAGCUGCUUAGCGGAGUUUUCUUUCAUUCCUCCGCGGUGGAGACCAACACCCGCACCGGUCCGGACAGCAGCGAUUCGGGUUCGUCUGGAAACGACGAGAGGGUCCUGGCCAAAAUCAGGAAAGACCACGAAAAAGCUCUGUUAGAGGCCAAGGAUACUCUACAAAAACGUCCCGACGAGAUAAAACAAGACAUUAUAAAUGAGAAGGAGAAAGUUGCGAAGGAGAGUAUGGGUCAAGGUGGGAAGGAUGUCAAUAAUUUACCUUUCGUUGAGUAUCACCGCCCGCCCGGGGCGACUGGACACGAACCUCUGGACCCCGAAACCAAGGACAGACGGGCUAAAGUCAAAGAGAUGAUGAAACACGCGUGGGACAGCUACCGGCGCUACGCCUGGGGUUCCAAUGAGCUCCGGCCCGUCUCCAAGCAAGGCCACUCCAGCAAUCUGUUUGGCAGUAUAAAGGGAGCGACUAUAGUUGAUGCUCUGGAUACCCUCUAUAUCAUGGAAAUGUUUGAAGAGUUUGAUGCUGCAACUGACUGGGUAGAGAAGAACCUCGACUUUAAUGUGAACGCAGAAGUGUCUGUGUUUGAGGUAAACAUCCGGUUUGUUGGAGGUCUGCUGUCCGCCUACUACCUGUCUGGGAAAGAGGUAUUCCGUAGAAAGGCGGUGGAGCUGGGUGAAAAGCUGCUGCCAGCCUUUAAAACGCCCACCGGCAUCCCCUGGGCUCUGCUUAACCUCAAGAGUGGUAUUGGUAGAAACUGGCCCUGGGCAUCAGGUGGCAGCAGCAUCCUGGCAGAGUAUGGCACCCUACAUCUGGAGUUCAUGCACCUCAGCAAACUCUCAGGGAAUCCUGAGUUUGCACAGAAGGUAAUGAACAUCCGGAAAGUACUAAAUCGUCUGGACAAACCCCAGGGGCUGUACCCCAACUACCUGAACCCCAACAGCGGCCAGUGGGGCCAACAUCACGUGUCCGUGGGUGGCCUAGGUGACAGUUUCUAUGAGUACCUGCUCAAGGCCUGGCUGAUGUCUGACAAAACUGAUGAGGAAGGCAAGAAGAUGUACUACGAUGCCCUGCAGGCAAUAGAAACCAACCUGAUGAGGAAGUCGAGCGGUGGGCUGACCUACAUAGCGGAGUGGAAGGGGGGGCUUCUGGAGCAUAAGAUGGGUCACCUGACCUGUUUCGCAGGUGGCAUGAUCGCUCUGGGUGCUGAUGGGGCGUCCAACGACAAGACGGGCCACCAGAUGGAGCAGGCCGCCGAGAUCGCCCGGACCUGUCAUGAGUCUUACGCCAGAACCGCUUUGAAGCUGGGUCCGGAGGCGUUUCGUUUCGAUGGCGGGGUCGAGGCCAUCGCCACCCGGCAGAAUGAGAAAUACUUCAUCCUCCGUCCCGAGGUCAUAGAGACGUACAUGUACAUGUGGAGGUUCACCCAUGACCCCAAAUACAGGGAGUGGGGCUGGGAGGCUGUUCAGGCCUUGGAGCAGCAUUGUAAACUAGAAGGAGGCUACAGCGGCAUCAGAGACGUCUACGCUUCAACUCCCAACCACGACGAUGUACAACAGAGCUUCUACUUGGCUGAGACACUCAAGUAUCUCUUCCUGCUCUUCUCUGACGACGACCACCUACCGUUCGACCACUGGGUCUUUAACACCGAGGCUCACCCUCUGCCGGUCAUCAAGAAGGACAAAACAGACGGACCCAACGAAGUGGAGUAGCGGACCCUCCUUCGCUGAAACCCAAAACAAGUGCGAGAACCUCUGAUCCUGUAUACCUGAGCCUCCAGCUGUCUGUCUGAAAACAGUUUAGCCAUUUGGAGUCCCCAAUGGUUACAGAUGCCUCUUGAGUGGACUUCACUUUUUAUUUUUAAUGGGAUCAAAAUAGAAUUCAAGCCUGUUGGCGCUGAAAUCUUGCUGUAGAAUCCAGUUUUGUUUUUUGCAUAGGUUUUUUUUUUUCUUUCAGACUUUUGGUUGAGUCCAGACAUCUGACCUGAACCAACAUUUUGACUGCCGGAUAACGUAAUAACUCACCAAAAGAAAGCAGUGAUAUCGUCAGAGUUUUUAAUAUUCUUGAAUUAUAAAAUAUUCUCUGAUGAUCUCAUUACAUUAAGUGGCAGUUUAUUUCACUAUUUUGUUUAUUUUAACUCAUUCAGAGGGACAGUAUGACCAGUUAUCACAUUAUUCGUCAGUGAGUUUGUUGUUAGUAGCUACAGCUCCGCCUGUUUUAGUUUUUUGUGGAGGAGAAAACUGACAGAACCGAAUCAGUCUUCUCCCUAAUGUGGAUUUUGGACCUGAGCUUUGGGCACCAAACCCAGAAAGACUCCAGCUCUCGUCUGAGGAUUACAAGGCUGGCUUAGCGAGCUAAAAGGACGCUCCGUUCACUUCACCUGCGUCGUCUUUUCCUUCUGCUGUACUGCUUUAAUAUCCGAAUAGGAACCGGUUUCCCUGCGCCAACGCUGGUGCCGCUGCCACCCAACUUCUGCAUUGUCUUCAGAGAAACAUUUGCUUUUAUAAAAACAUGUGGUUGUCUCUGUAAGUAAAGGAAAGACGCAGCACAACCCAAGCCUCUUUUUAUAAACCCACAGAACUUUUAGACUUCUGCUCCCCCCCCUUUCCCAUUACCUGAACACUGCUUCUUCGUCCCUCUGAGUUAGGUGUGACACAGGACGGCCGGCCACACCAGCUCUCUACCUGCCAGUAAUUUCACUUUCUCCCCACGACGUUUACACAGAGCUGUUCCUCCUCUUCUUCUGCUUAUCUCAUCAGUUCAUCUGUAUCUUUUAUGGCUUUUUGGAUUCUGUUUUCUCUUUCUCACAUUUGCACCAAUAUUUCUGGGGUUUGACCAAUACAGGUUUUUCAAAGCUGAUUACUUUUUAUUUUAAACUGUGUAAUCAUUUCCAUCCAAAUAUUAUCUAUUUUAAAUUACAAGUUUGCCAUUUUUCCCUCAGGAUUUUAUUUAGUAUUAACUGGAAAAAAAACCCUCAUUUUUAAUGAUUACACGGUUGUGAAAGUAAAUGAUACCAUUGUCUGAGCAAAAAAAAAUUUAAAAAAACUUACCUCAAGGUAGCUUCAUGGUCUUACUCGGCAGAUGGAGUUUGCUCAGCUGUGAUGGAGCAUGGAUGAGUAAGGCUGUGAGGUGCAGUUGAAUGUUCUGGAAAAAGCCAGUAAGUGGACCUUGAGUGAAGUUUUUUAUUUUUUUUAUUUCUUAUUUUCCUAAAUCAAGAAUAAAUUUUCACGCUCAAUAUUAUUGUAGGAUUAAGGUCUCUGAAAUGAAGACAUUUUAUCUUAUUUCCUUGUUCUGGAGUCUUGAUAUUCCACAAACAUUAACAGCAAAUGUUAAUUUGAACAUUUGCAUGCGUAAGAACAGAAUCUUUACAGCCUGGGACACUAAUAGUCUCCACUAAAGAGGAUAUUGAUUGAUCAUAUUCAUCAGCAAACCUGUGUGUCGGUCAAACCCUCUUUUUUGUUGUUGUAUUGCUUCUUUUUGUCUCCGUCCUCCAGUUCCAGAGUAGGGCAUGCUGUAGGAUCUUCUCUCCUCUAUGAGGAGACGUGGACACGCGACUUUGCUGUAAUAAUUCACCUUCACACACACACACACACACACACACUUACACACAAGAAGCCAUGCUGAUUCAAUACAGCUUUACCAUUCUGUCGUUGAGACUUUUGUUCCCUUCAUCCUCCACUUAUGGGGGGGGGGGCGUGUCACUGUACACAAACUGUUGCUGUUAUUGUACAUUUUAUGUUGAGUGAGAGCUCAACUCGUCAAAGUCGCGCUCGCUUGGUUAUUUAGUUGGAAUUCACGGUAAAGAUUUCUCCUGAUACCACACAGAACUGUAGCCAGAUAAAAUCCAGUUUAGUUCUUAAUCUAGUGCCUUCACUGUUGAGUCAGAGGGAUACGCAGCUCACACAAACAUAAAAGAGUAGUUUUAAAUAGUCACAGAGCUUUAAGUAACGUUCCCAUGUCUCAGAUGAGGAUUAUACCCAAACCAGUCACUGCUUAAAGGAUAAUUGCUUUUUAAUUCGAUAUUCAAUGUAAUUUGGCUUGAAAGUAGCCCAAGAGUUGAUGAAAACUUGGCUUCUUUGUGAUAAGUUUGGAGAUCAGACCACCAAAGGUCUAUCUGAGGAUCACAUAAAAUAGUUUCAAAAUUAGAAGAAGUCUUAUGUGCCGAUACUAUUCUUUCUCUCGAGUCCUAGUUUGGCCAACAUCUGUCAGGAACCAGUAGAGGUACCAGUCACCAGUUAUAUCCUUGACUAUACUGACAUCUAGUGGUGGGAUUUUCCAAUUACAGUCCACACCAGACCUGGGCUAAAUGACUGGAGUCUGACAAGUCAACAACAUUAUGUAAUAGUCACUUAUAUACAAAUGAUUCUCACCGAUGAUUCUCUGUGAAAAACUUCUUGCUCCAAAAUGUCGACUGUUUUGUUUUACUUGAGAUUCCAGUAAAUAAUUCAAAGAGUCGCAUAAUUACAAGAGGUCAGAAUUUUCUCAGCUCGUGAAAGAAGGUAAAAUCUUAAUUGAAGUAAAAAAAAAAAAGAAAAAGAAAAAUCACCAAAUCUGGAUCUUUAAAAUGACGUAUUUUACGUAUCUUGGACCUCUGAUUGAUGGAAACUGUUGCUUCGGUUGAUUGAAAGAGCUUCAGUCAUUAGCUUUGGCAAGUAUUCAUUAGUUUCAGCCUUUAUCUUGUAUAUUUGAAUGUGACACAGAGGUGGUGCAUAAUAACUCUCUCUGCCAACAUUCAGCUCUCCCAGCACUCCUGCUCCCACAAAUGAGCUUUAAACUGUCUUUAAGUGUCACUGGGAGAUCUGGCAGAUGGUAAGUCAUUAGAAAAUCCAGUCAACAACAGAAUCCACAGUCUGAAAUACUUUACUAAAGUAGAUUAAUUUAUUUCAGCUGACUGAACUGAGUGACAGUUUCAACCACAACUGGAGUUUCUUCUCAGCAGGUUUAAAGACAUUUGGCCCAGGCAUCACAGAGCAGGAGAAUGAAGCCGACACAAACACUUACUGAGACCGACUAUACAGCAGUCUGUAAAGGAAAAGUCCACCAUAUUUGGGAAGUAUGCGUGAUGAUUUUCAUCAAAAAAUACCCAGAUGGAUUCAAAAGUAGAUAUUUUCCACAUUUUAUGUCCCCAUUUUAAAGAAGGUCCUCUUGCAACAAGAAGAACCCACAAAACCUUCACAUUUAUAGAAACUAAAGAGAAAAUGCAGAGAAAAAGGCAAAUGAGCUACUGAUUUUGCUUCACAGUCUUGAGCAUGUUAAAAAAGCAAGAAAUGGUUAAACUACACAGUGUUUCCGCUGCAAAUGGUGUUUUUAAAUCCCUGAUGAAGUAAUUUUUUUUAUUUGAUUCUCACCUGGUUGGAAUUAUUCAAAAUGAACACUGCUAAAUUCCCUAAUUUUCCCUUAAUUUCUUAAAAAGAUCAAAUAAAAUAAAGAAUAUGCCCUACCCGCGUAAUGGCCAACGCAGUCAUAUCAGUCAGUAGGCCUGCCGGUUCAAAUUUCAUAUAGUUUUAAGUUUCUGAGCUGUGACAAAUCCCUCCAUGGUCUUUAUAUCACUGUACAGACGACCGUGUCUUCGUGUUUAAUCUGUGUUUUGUUUCGUUAGAGUUGGUUCAGAGGCAUUUAUUAUCCAUGUGAUGUUGUGUUAUAAUGGUUGAUUCAGCUGAUUGUGUUAAUUUAUUCUGUAGUAAGGAACAUAGGACUUGGAGGGUUUGGGAGCUGACCCCCAGGUGGCGCUGUGGAUGUAAUGGUUCGUGACUGGACCCUAAAUAUGGAGCUUCACAACUUUUUGUGGGUAUUUGCAUUUAUCUACCCACAUCCUGAAGUGAUGUCUGUAAAGGUCCCGUAGGUCUUGCAUUUUUUAACAUCAGUGAUGACAAUAACGAGCUGUUAAGCUUCCACAUUGGUCUUAUAGUAAUUACACCACCAAUAGUACCACCACUAAAUUCUAGGUGUUCAAAAAUGCUACACAUGGUACCUUUUUAAAGUGAUGUUUGCGAUGGCAAAAAAAAUGUGGUUUAAUGCCAGAGAAAGGGCCAAAGAAACCACCUGGGAGUCAAUCUAACAACCUUACAGGAGGACAGGAAUUGUAUGAAUGUACCAUCCAAUGUGAAGUGAAGAAUAUUUUAUAUGCAUUUUUGUCUUCGUGUGUUCACUUCUCUGUGCUGUUGUUGUUGUUUUGUCUUUUAUCUUGGAAAGCACAAAAAGUUGAAGUAAUGUGAGCAGGCAGAGAAAAGUCUGCAGUUUCCUGUGUGAUGGGCCUGUUCGCGUUUCUGAUGGCUGUUAAAUGCAGCGACGACAUGCCGUUAAUGUAGGAAAUGAUCCAAAUCUGCCACAUGACGUGUAUCAGCACAUGGUAGACACACAUUUUCGUUUUUAUUGUCAUUUAUUAUUCUGAGGAUCUGACACAUACACAUGGACAUAUCGGAAUAUUCAGCUUUAUAGCAUAAUAAUAUAAUAUGUGUUCAUCGUACAGUAUAGUGUUAAGACACUGAAGCUGCUUGAUGUGAAUACAGAGAAAGAGAGACACAUAGUCAGAAACCUGAGUCUUGAACUAACGGCUAGAGAUUUAAAGUACUCUGCAGUCGUUUACCUUCUGCUUCUGAUGAUUCAUGAUGAGCCUGUUGUAUUUAUGGAUCCCAUAGUUACAUGAUUCUGCUUCAUCAGUGUUUUGGUUUAUGUAUGACAAGCUCAUGGACACUGAGUCACUGAUAUCAGCUUGUAGAGAUGUGUGUUGACCUUAUAGGGCCAGAGAACGCUGGUAAUGAAGGAAAAAGACAUUUUUACAGAUUGUAGAAAACAGCUAUGAUGUAGCUCAGUGUCCAUUAUAAAGACACUUUAAUGUUUUUAAUUUCUGCCCUAUAAAUGGGAUUUUAUCCUGCAAAUUAAAAAAAAUGGCCAAGUUGCAACCUAGUGUUGGUAAAUAUUGAGCUGGUGACCAAUGAAAAUGACUUUCCUUUUUAAGGGAACAGCUCGUGCCAUGCUAGUUUUAUUCAGGCAGUCAAAUGAAUCUUUUGGCAAAGCAUAAGAUAAUUGAAUAUAAUAUAAUGCAGCAGUUAAUGCAAUUUCAGUGAUGAUUGAGUGUAUUUUAGUUUAAGUUGCCAGCUGGCGUGUGGAAAUGAUGGAGUCGACCACUGGUGAUAGCGUUCCUUCCUGAGAAACAAAUGGUUUGAAAAAUCCAUACAGAACUUAAUUUAAAAAAAUGUCUAUUUUAGGCUACAUUGCAACAUUAAGAUAUUGAUGCUGCCAGGAUUUGAUUGAAGUCAAACUUUAUUAAUUCUGAUUAUCUUUGUUCGGUUACAGAUUAAACUUGUAUUCUUACAAAGAUUUUUGUAAUGGUGGGGGUUAUAUUUGCUGUUUUUUCCUAUAAUAAGUAUGAUGAUGUGAGUUGGUAAUUUUUCAAACAUUUAUUAAUGGUCAUUUGAAUGAACAUGUUUUCCUUGUAGAGGAUGUAGUUCAGCCGUUUCCCUCCCCAUGUUAAGGUUUGUUAGUGCAAUCCUACAGUCUGAAAUUAGAUUUUAAUUGCAUUUUGGGGAAAAUAAACAUGUUAAAGUAACUGUGUGUAGACUUGCAACCCCGUAUUUUGAAACCGUGGAGGCUUAGAAACACCAGUCAGGUUGUUGACUUUUAAUUUAGACUCAAAGGGCUGAUCCACUGAAUUUUCCCCAGUAGGAAGUCAGAUUUUUUAGACAUAGCUGGGAAACAACACUAGACUCCACGUUUGGUUGGAUUUACUUCUGUAGGCGCCCUCCUGGAUUCAACUGAAAAAGCUGUUGUUUUUUCACUCGGAUCCGGUCGUUUCACUACCCGAAUAGGAAGGAAAUGCAGAAUGUAUUUGGUUUAUCAUGUGAGCCGUCAGUGUAAGGUCAGCUUUAGCUUUACAUAGUGUGACAUCAGGCAUCUGCUCAUUUCCAAAUGCAGACUUUAUUUGUUUUAUUUUAUUUUUUCUAAAAAGGUUGAAUUGUUUUUGGUGAUUUUCUGAAUAUUGUGUUGACGAUCUGUUGUGUUCCAAUGCUUUUCUAUUGUUGUGUAUUAAAGAGGAAUGCCACCCUUUUUAGGAAUUCAAAAUUAAAUCAGUCCAUUUGAAAAUGCACCACUUUUCACAUCACACUGACAUUACUGUUCUUCACAAGUGGCGCAUAAUCAGUAAAUACGGCUGACCUGUCCUGAGACGCAAAUAAUCAGAAUUUUUAAAAUGGUUGGCGUUGCCCUUUAAAGGUUUAAAUGCGUGAAACCAACCUCAGAAAUGUAUCUGUACAAAAUAUUGCUGAUAAUCAUUCCACUGCACAUAGUUUACUUUGCGUUUAUAUGCAAUAUUUUAAUUUUGUGGGGAAAUCUGUUUUAUUGUGUUAAUAUUAUUAUUGAAAAAAAAAUGUAAAUAUUCCAUUCUGGCAAAUGAGCCGUUCUACAUUUAUAUAAAAAUCUUCUGAGCUUAUGGAUUAAAAUGAUAUUAAUAAGCAGCAGACUUUUUAAUAAACUAUAUUUGUUACACUUCUAUUGUGAAUAAAAAAAACUUUUAAUAAGUGGUGGUUUUGGA